AUGUUUAUCGGUUGUAACAAUCUAAAUAAGAAACUAACUCGAUUUUCUAUUAAACGAACCUACAAUCGAAUACCUGCUUUUGGCAGAGUUUUUCCAUUAUAUGAUAAGCCACCAAUUUUGGGUUUCAAAUAUCCGCGAAAAGGAUUACCGACAACUGCAACUGCAAGGGAUGAGGAAUAUCCGACAAACAGAGAACCCGAACAAUUGCUGGACAAAAUGAGAAUCCGGCAACUGAACAAGAGUAAAAUUAUCCGUAAAGAAAUUGGAGCUUAUCCAGAUACCGCUGGUCAAGAGGAAUAUACAGACACUGUUGGUCAAGAGGAAUAUACAGAUACUGCUGUUCAAGAGGAAUAUACAGAUACUGCUGUUCAAGAGGAAUAUCAGUUACCGCUGGUCAAGAAGAAUACAGAGAUACCGCUGGUCAAGAAGAAUAUUUGA